AUGGAGGUUGCACCACCCAUAAACCCUACUGACUUCAACUUCAACUCAUCCACAUACACCACCACCUUACCACCCACUCCUAGACUCAUGAACAACAACAACAUAAUAAUAAGUGCACCCACAAGCCCAGCCAGAUCAACCGCCAACUUACACCAUGAAUUUGAUCAACUUAUGAUCACCAACAACACCACCCACCAAAAAACAAACUCUUUAGCCACAAUCCCCUUUGCAUGGGAAGAAAAACCUGGUGUCCCCAAACAAACAAACAAUUUAUACGACGACGACGUCGUUGACUUCGCAUUCGACGUGAGUGGUGAACUCUCUCCAUACUCAUCUGUCACAGCUGAAGAUCUAUUCCAAGGUGGUGUAAUAAAACCUACUGAAAUGAUCAAUAACCUAGAGAGAGAAAGAGGAAGAGAGAGAAAGUUAUCUAUAUCAAGAAGUAGAAGAACACAAUCACUUCCACCGCUUAGAGGCCCAGAACAACCAUCAGUACCAGCAAACAUAGCAAAUAUAACCCCUCAAACGACGUCGUCGUCUGCUAGUUCAACUCUCUCAGCUUCCGGGUCGGGUAAAGGGUCGAAAAAAUGGAGAUUUAAGGAUCUAUUUUUGUUUAGAAGUGCUUCAGAUGGUAGAGCAUUGGAUAAAGAUCCGUUGAAGAAACAUUCUGCUGUUUUUAGAAAACAUGAUGAGGAUUUUAGGAACUCGAGUUUACGUUACCGGUCCGGGUCGGGUCAUGGGUCGAAGAGGAGAGGACGGGUGUCGGCUCAUGAGUUGCACUAUAAUGUGAACCGGGCAGUUUCGAAUGAUAUGAAGAAGAAGACAUUCUUGCCUUACAAGCAAGGGAUUUUGGGAAGAUUAGCGUUUAAUCCAACGGUUCAUGCGCUUUCGAAUGGAUUCGGGUUCUCCCAUAAUAAUAGUUAG